AUGGUACCAAAAUUUUACCAUCCAGUUUUUUCCACAUUUCGAGGUGCUUUAAACAGAAUGGAUUUCGAGCUCGACGACGAUCGAACGGCUGCUCUGGCCGGGGAGCUUGGUGAAGCGAUCAAGAUACACAUGAUAACUGACAUCACCUGGGGAGAUGAAUCACGGUGCGAGGGUACAACCUUCAUUUCCAGCGAGAACGAUAACAGUGGCAGCCUGAUCUGCCUCGGAUUCAUCGAAUUUUUCCAAAUCUCCGCUGAAGGCCAGCGCGCUCUACGACCGUUUUCGUAA